AGUUCCGUCUGCUUCACAUCCGGCGCGCGGCCGCGAUGGCGGUGGCGCGGUGCUGCUCCCGGUAGCGUUGCGGCCAUGGCGGGCGCGGCGGCGGCAGCGCACAGUGUGCGCGUGCUGCGGGAGCUGAACCGGCAGCGCGCGGCCGGGCAGUACUGCGACGCGACGCUGGGCGUGGGCGGGCGCGAGUUCCGCGCGCAUUGGCCGGUGCUCGCCAGCUGCUCCCGCUUCUUCCGCUCUCGCGGCGGCGGCGGCGGCGCGGGUCCGGUGGCGCUGCCCGAGGGCCUGGCCGACACCUUCCAGCUGCUGCUCGACUUCUUUUACACCGGGCGCCUGGCGCUGACGGCGCACAACCGCGCCCGCCUGCUCGCCGCCGCCGAGCUGCUGGGUGUGCCGGACGCCGUGGCUCUGUGCCGCGCAUUCCGCCCCGCCACCGCCCGGCAGCGCCCCCGCCGCGCCCCCGGCCCCGCGUUGCACCCCGCCGAGCCGCCCGAGGUCCUCAGUCCGGCGGUGCCGGAGAGGGAGCGCCAAGCGGGGCGGCCCGGCCCGGAAAGCGCAGUGAUCGUGCCCGUUCCCCCGCCCGUGAGCUCUCCCCCGGCGGCGACGGGCGGCGGCGGGACCGCGGUCAGCGACGCGGAGCCCCUCCCGGAGAAGAAGGCGCUGCGCAGUAAAGGGAAGCCCCCCGCCGGCGGCGCGGGGGCGGCAGGGAGCAAGAAAGGCGCAGCGGUGCCCGUGGAGUGCCCCACGUGUCAUAAAAGCUUCCUCAGCAAAUACUACCUUAAAGUGCACAACAGGAAACACACUGGAGAGAAGCCAUUUGAAUGCUCUAAAUGUGGUAAAUGUUAUUUUAGAAAAGAGAAUCUCCUGGAGCACGAAGCCAGAAAUUGCAUGAGCCGAACUGAGCAGGUUUUCACGUGCUCUGUCUGCCAGGAGGUGUUUAAGAGGCGGAUGGAACUGCGGCUCCACAUGGUGUCACACACCGGGGAGAUGCCCUAUAAGUGCUCCUCCUGCGUGCAGCAGUUCAUGCAGAAGAAGGACCUGCAGAGCCACAUGAUAAAGUUGCAUGGCGCACCAAAGCCCCAUGCGUGCUCAACUUGCUCCAAGUGCUUUCUGUCUCGGACAGAGCUGCGCCUGCACGAGGCAUUCAAACACCGGGGAGAGAAACUGUUUGUCUGCGAGGAGUGUGGACACAGGGCCUCAAGUCGCAACGGCUUGCAGAUGCACAUCAAGGCCAAGCACAGGAACGAGCGUCCCUACGUCUGUGAGUUCUGCCAUCACGCCUUCACACAGAAAGCAAACCUCAACAUGCACCUGCGCACACACACUGGCGAGAAGCCCUUCCAGUGCCACCUCUGCGGGAAGACUUUCAGGACACAAGCGAGUCUGGACAAACACAACCGGACCCACACCGGGGAGCGCCCCUUCAGCUGCGAGUUCUGCGAGCAGAGAUUCACAGAGAAGGGGCCCCUCCUGAGGCACAUCGCCAGCCGGCACCAGGAGGGGAGGCCCCACUUCUGCCAGAUCUGUGGGAAGACGUUCAAAGCUGUUGAGCAGCUGCGUGUCCACGUCCGCAGGCACAAAGGAGUGAGGAAGUUUGAGUGCACUGAGUGUGGUUACAAGUUCACACGGCAGGCACACUUGAGGCGCCACAUGGAGAUCCACGACCGGGUGGAGAACUACAACCCCCGGCAGAGGAAGCUUCGAAAUCUGAUCAUUGAGGAUGAGAAGGCGGUGGUGGUGGCACUGCAGCCACCCCAGGAGCUGGAGGUGGGCUCAGCUGAGGUCAUCGUGGAGUCCCUGUCCCACGGCCCCCUGCCUGAGGAGAUCCCCGUGCAGAGACUGUGUUCAAAUGACAACUUCCCUACAGCAGAUGUGAUUGAGCAGUCACUGAUAAUAACUACAACAAUUCCUGAUGACUGUGAAACAUAACGUGACUGCACGCAUCCUUCCUACCAAACAAAGCACCGGGCUGGAGUGACUCUGCUGCAUUUGUUCUUUUCAGCCUCUGGUGGCUCUGAGUUGUACAUCCAGCCCUUCUCCCUCCUCCCUCCACGCAAUGAUCCCAACCCUGGAUUGCAGGGAACAUUUCUAAUGAAGUGAUAAUCAGGUACCAAAUUAAGAAAUAUGAAGCUACUCAGAAUGACUACUUAAAAUUUACAUACAAUGUAUGAGACGAGAUGUGAUUGAUGACUCCAUACAUGUAAUACUGUGAAUUGUUUUUUUUAAUGAGCUCUCAGCUGUGGCCGGAAGGGAAGGCUGGCUCACCUCUUGCUCCAGUGCUAGCUCUUACCUUGCUCCAUUAGUUUGAUGCUGAUGAUUAAGGCUCUUCCAGAAGAGUGUGACUCCGUCCCUUUCCUUAAACAUGUGCUGAAAUGAUCCAUCUCCUCAAUUAAAUCUCUGCAUUGUGGUUUC